CCAGACAAUCAUAUGUAUUUGGUGCGGGAGGGGAGGGUGACAGCUUCGACGUAUCGCCGCCUUUCCACGCUUCUCCUAUGGCAGUUAGAAACGCAGUCGAAAGGACGUGGCUCUCUUCUGUUUAGUUGCUAUAUAGUAUAUUUGUUUCCUGCUUCCAGGAAAAUGACGUAAGAAGGUUAUUAAGACUUUUGAAUCAGUCUUGCUGCUUCAUCUCUCGGGAAGAUUGAUAAGUCCCUUUCCCUAAGUUGAAAGCUGCCACACUUUCUCUGUUUCCAGGACAGGGUGGACUGUCCAAACAACCACAGUUGCCUUCAGUACACGAGUCAGCUGGCUAUGGGGAGUUGAAACACUGGCCUGUUCGUGAGACCGUUAAACUAGAUAUAGCUGGUUGGACUGUAUGGCUUUCAUGAUGAUGAAAAAGAAGAAAUUUAAAUUUAAAGUUGACUUUGAGCUUGAUGAACUAUCUUCUGUGCCUUUUGUGAAUGGGAUACUCUUCUGUAAAGUCCGGCUGCUGGACGGAGGUAGCUUCGUGGAGGAGUCAUCCAGGGAAGUGGUGCAAGCAAACUCUGUUCAUUGGAAGAAGAAGUUUGCAUUCAUGUGUAAAAUGAGUGCCAGUGCCAGCACAGGUGUUCUGGAUCCAUGCAUCUGUCGAGUGUCUGUAAGGAAGGAGCUUAAAGGUGGAAAGACAUAUGCAAAACUUGGCUUUGCAGACUUGAAUCUUGCAGAGUUUGCUGGUUCUGGAAACACUACUAGACGCUGCUUGCUUGAAGGCUAUGAUACAAAAAAUACAAGGCAGGAUAAUUCUAUUCUUAAGGUUGUCAUUAGCAUGCAGUUGAUGUCUGGGGAUCCCUGCUUUAAGACGCCUACAUCCACAGCCAUGUCAUUAGCAAUUUCUGGUGAGUCUGAAUCACUGGAAGAAGAUCGAAAAGGUGGUGAAACACUGAAGCCACAUGUUGGAAUUGGAGAUUUAUGUGGCAAGAUCGGAUCUGUUCCAGAGGAUCUGGUGGCUUGUGGACAUUCCAGAACUUCAAGCUAUGCAAGUCAACAAUCAAAAGCAUCAGGGUACAGUACAGGCCAUUCCAGAUCAUCAAGUUUAUCUGAGCUAGGCCACAGACGAAAUACCUCAAUGGACAGUGCAUCAACAGGGAUUGGAAGUAUUCCAGAGCCAUGUGAAGAAGAUGAACAUAAAACUUCUGGCAGUAGCUCAACUACUCCCAUUAAAAGUGCAUCUUCUAUGGAAAAACUUAGGCAUCCUGUAAAGCAAAGUUCCGUGGAGUCGCAACUGAAGCGGGUUGAUGCGACCAGAGUAGACGCAGAUGAUAUUGUAGAGACCAUCCUACAAAGUCAAGAUUUCACUCUGGACUCCAGUGCAGAAGAGGAAGGAUUACGGUUGUUUGUAGGACCCGGAGGAAGUACUGCUCUUGGGAGCCACCAUCUACCAGUGAGAGUUGGGCCUGGAGCCUAUGAGCAAGUGGUAAUCAAACGCUAGAAGAUUAAGAUUCCUGCCCAGGAAGAAGGCACUGCAACUGCAAAGUGAAAUUCACUUCAUUCCAGCCAGAUCUACAGCACCUGACAAACACAGCAGAAUAAUUUUUGCUAAACCUUUAGGGCUAUAAGAACUGGCCAGUUACCCGUUUUGUGUGGUGGAUUCAGUGUUAGAUGUUAAUGAAGUGAAAUCUGUUGUCAUAGCACUUGUCUGUUUUAUAGUGACAGACCUGUAAGCAGUUAUUUAGCUUAACACCGUGCCAGGGCCUUGGCUUUGGCCUUGGCUUUUAGAAGCUAGACUUCCAGUGAAGGUAUAUUUAUAAAACUGCCAGCUGUAGUUAUUAGCUUGAUGGUAAUUAAUCAGAGCAUAAAGCAUUCAGAAACUGGCAUCCUCUAAUUCUAGAUGUUGGCAAGCUAAUAUUCUCAAAUUGCAUAUUUGUUUGUAACUUCUGUCUUUAGGUAUGCACAUGACAAAGUGGUAACGGGUGAUAUAACCAUCCUGAUCCUGUAAUGUGCAGAAGUCACAAGGAUUACAGAGCAGGCCUCUGGAAAGCUUCAGUACUAUACAAUGAAAAUAAAUUGUAACAAAGUAAAGUAGUUUGUCGGCAUCUAAUAGAUCAUGGCUGUGAACAUAAAUAGCUGCUGAGUAUACAACAUAAGCUAAUUUUUUUUUAUUUUUUCAAAAACGUACACAGAUGUUUUAUUUUAGAAAAGUGUUCAUGUUUAAGAUGAUAAAGUAACGGUAUGAUAAAUAACAAGUAAGACUCAGGUCUCAGUCUUUUAUUUUUUCAUCUCCUUACAUGCUGACCUCAGGUAGUGGAGCCUUUAGUUGCCCAUGCUGCCCUGCUUUUUUUCCUCAAGGGCCAAAGCUUUCACUCCAGUAGACUGCAGUAUCAGUCUUAUGCCUUUGUUUAGCCUAGAUUUGGCUGUGUCAUGGCGUUGUUGAUUGCUUAUCUGAAUGGCACAUGUUGCGAGACACAAAAUGCUGCUGUAGGCAUUAAAAACAUUUAGCACUCACUCACUCAUAAAUGUAAGUUUUCGCAGGUAAAUUCCAUAUAAAGUGCCUUAGGGUUUUAAUUAGCCCAUUCAAAGAGUUUUUUAUAUGAAAAUCUUGGCACUGCACAGCACAUAACUAUGAAAGGAAUCCUGAAAACAGGUAUAAAUUUUUGACCUGUGGUAUGCUGAAUUUUAUUUAUUUAAAAUGUAGACGUUGUAAUACUAGACCUUUUAAGAACAAGCCCAAGAUGCCUUUGUUAGUAUCUUAACAGCUGUUUGCAGUUUCUUUUCAUUGUGUGUGUGUGUGUGUGUGUGUGUGUGUGUGUGUGUGUGUGUG